UGUUGCGAGAGUUUCUGGCGGAAACGAAGAUUCUGUCUUAUUACGCAAGUCUCUGUCGGAAAUGUACUCGUACUGACAGAAGUGACUGCCGUGACUAUCGCUUCGGGUUACGAGAGGAGCAGGACUCAGCAGGCCAAUACGAAAAGGCGAAGAGAGACAGAUGAGGAGAGAAGUUGAGAGUGGACGAGAGGGAAAGAAGAGGAGGGAGGAGAAGAGAAUAUUGGAGAAGACCGGAAGGAGGAAGCAGCUAGGGACGGUGGCACUGGAGGAGGUGCUUAGGCGUAAUAGGAGAAAGGGAGACUUGAAUGCGGGAAUCAACAGAAGGAAGGAGGCGAAGAAGGGUAGGGGGAGGACUGGAAGGGGGAAAGGAGAAGAGGCAGAGGAUCGCGAGAAGGAGGAAGAGAGGGGUGUAAAUAUGGCGUCCUCCCGUUCUUCUUCUUCCGUAAUCACAACCGUCUGUAGACACCCCAGUGAAUCUCCUGCCGUGAAGGAGAAGAACUUAGCGAGAUUCGAGGAGGAGGAUACUCGAGAUAAGUUUUUUCUCUCCCUGCAUGAUUGUAUGAAGCAGAUGGAUUUGAACGCUAUCCCCAGCUUUCUUCAACACGUGGCCGAUUCUCGCGACCACAGUUCUACACGCUUCUACUCGGUCUCGUUGUAUGCAGAGUGCGCCCGCGCUCAUGGCCCGAACAUCGCGCCAUAUAUCCCACGUAUGAUGGCCGGAAUCCUCAACACUCUGCAAUCGAGCGGCAGCUGUUCCGAUCUGCAUAAUGUGUGUGCUCGGGUCGUUGUGGAGAUAGCCCGUCACGCUACAACCCUAGACGAUCCAGAAGGGUCGUCGGAAGUAAUCAACGUGAUCUGUGAGCCGUUGAUUGCUGCCUUGGGUCAUCAUCAAGAGCACGUGGCAGCUGGGGUGGCUACUUGUAUGAAGGAAGUAGUGGAUAGAGAUGUUUUGCACCUUGGGUCGGAGAGAUUGAAAAAUGCAGUGUGUAUGAGGACCACGCAGGUGAUGGGGCGACAGGGAGUGUGCACGGCGACGCACAUAAAGUUGGCCGCUUUGCUUGCAAAACGUCUGCCGGGUAUUUGCCAACAGUACGCGAAGCCAUUGCUCAAGGUAGCUGGGCAGAUUCUGUCAACGUUGACGCUGCCAUGGCAGCAUCGUCUGGCGGCAGCCAGAUUGUUCCGCGAGAUUUUCUUGCGCGCUGACGCAUUGGUCGCCCAAGGCGAGGCCGCGAGUGCGAUAGAGGUUCUCGAGGGGUUCCAGAACGACAGUUUCCUCAACGUCAGGAAGGAGGUGGUUGAGGCCCUCAAGGUUGCGAGGUCGCGUUUGGUGAUGGUGGGGUCCAGAGGGGGAACAGGGGGUAGUAGUUACAGUCCCUGUAGCAUCGGUGGCGGUCAAGGCUUGGAGGGCAAGUGUAACGUAUCUCCAGAAUCAUCGUCGGUCGCCGUUUCGGGGGGGGGAAGUCCGACAUUGAGUGGAAGCAGAGGGCCGUCGGCGACCUCAUCACCCGGAAGAGGAGGGGACUGGGCGACUAGUAGUGCGCGUGGGAUAUGGGAUAAUGCCACAACGGAUGAACGAUUGGAGUUUUCUCGACAGGUGGGCUUGACCUUGAAGACAUCCACGGCGAAGGUAGGGAGGGCGCUGGGUGAAAAAGUGGCGGAACGUGGACCGCAACUCCCUCCACCAUCUGGUCUGCGCUCCCAUGGUGCAGAGGAUGCGAAGGCAUCAUCAUUAGCAGCGAGCCGGAGGGUGGAGGAACAGCUGGAUCGAUUAGUUCAAUCCCUUGGGCAGCAGCGAGACAGCAACACUUCGUCGUCUUCCUCGUCCUCUCCGACGGCGCUCGAUCGUCGGCUACGUCGAUGUUAUUCUUCUGCUACCAAGCAGAAAUUGGGUGCCAACGGCGGUUGUUUGUCGGACACGCAAUGCGGCGCGACUGGAGGGAGGAGGCGCAGGGCUUCUACGUCAGGGAUCGACAGCGGGGCCUCUGGAAAGGGCAAGCUGACAGCGUCAUCAAAGUUCCGCGCCUCGAGGCCAUCUCGUGGCGGCGAGAUCAAAGCCGGCGGCGGCGUAUUGCCAGGGGGAGGAUUGAGAUUCGAUCGAUCGUCUCCCUUACCUCGUCAAAGGGGCAGAUGGGGAGAUUCAGGCCGGCUGAUAUUAUCAGCAGAAAGAACCGGAGGGGAGGGGAGGGGAAGCGGAGGAGGAAGUUCUGGGAAUUCAGGAGACUACGAAUCUGACUCUGUGGUCGUGGUAACAACGACCUUGGGCAUGCCGAGUCGUCGAUGCAAGGCUGUUUCCAGUGCCGCUGCGCUGCCAUUGCUCUCGGGAAAAUCUUCCAAUAGGAAUGGAGGUGCUGCUUGUCUUUCCUUGCCUGGUACGCUUGUUAACGGCCAUAAUCAGGAGCAGAGCAACAACGGUUUGUCUUCAUCGCCACUGAAGAUUCCCAAGGUUGCCGUAACAGGCGCGUCCAGCAGUCCGCUGUCGUCGUCCUCGACACCCCGGGCGCAUUCGGCUCGUUCUCUGGGGUCAUCCUCCUCGCUGACCAGACCCACCGUAGCGUCGGCAUCCAAGCGGGUGUCGCUGAGUGCUGGGGCGGUCUCCCCCGCUGGUAAUGGGCCAGGUAAACUUGGGAGUGGCAACGGUUACGGCGGUGUCGUAAGCAUUAGCCUUAACGGGAGGAACCCUAACGGCGGCAGUAACGGGGCGUCAUCUAAGCUUCAUCGCCCUGCACAUCCCGGCUCUCAAAUUCCAUUUCCGCCGUCGAUGACGAAAAAAUUGCUUCAUCAAGAUGGCGUCACAUCAUCGUCACCUCCUCCUUCCUCUCUUGUCGGCGGAGAGGUUCAAGUUCGCGGUCCGGAUGUGGGUGAUUCUUUUCCCUUAAAUGCCGCUGGCAAUGUCGACUUGCAGGGCAGCAAACUUAGCGGCAGCCGCAGAUGUAGUCGUGGAGCACCAGUGUCAUCCGAUUUGGCGGAACAAUCAACCGUGAUGGGAGCUGAAGUCGAAUCAAGCAAACGGGCGAGAGUGAGCUCUUCUACGACCUUGGAUGAAGGUUUCUGUGUCGAAGCAUUAAAGCUGGCGAAUUCGUUUCUUCUCUCCGAUAGCAGUCAGUCGAGUGCGGGCUGCACUGCUUUAGAGAAACAACGAGAUUGUUCCGCGUUAGUCGGGAAUGCCAAAGCGAAGGGGGAUCAAACCGGGGUAGAAACCAGGCCAGAGGGGGUGCGAAAGAUUAGGAGUGACGGUACGAGAGCGGAGUGUCACAGCUCUUCGACGGCGGGGGACCCAAGUAUCGACCCCUUGACGGGAACUGUGAACCUGGUCACGGAGCAUCCAACCGGUUCAGGGAAACGUUCCCGCGCCGAGGAGGUAAGUGAUCCUGAUAACGUGGAUGUGUCCUUUUUUGUUACGAAAGUUACUACCACGACCACUACGGUCACUACGACGGUGGAUACUGGUGUCGGCAGUAGUAACAGUUUUGGCGCGAAAGGAUUGCUGAUGAGACAGGCUGGGGGGAGGACGGAAUCCGGUUGGCCCUCAGAUGGGCGGGAAACGGCAGGAGGUAAUGUAUCGUUGAAGAUGCGUGGAGCAGCAGGUUGCAGUGAUGGUGUAGUGCUCAUGGCUGGGGAUCAUGGAGGAGGAGGAAUGGAAGGCGAAAUGGCGAGUGGUCGUAUAGAGAACGAGGGAGGGGUGGCAUUCGAUUUGGAUGUUACCUUGAGCAACGGUCUAGGGGAGGAGUCCAAUAAUGGGGGAGUAGGUGGUAGUAUAGGGGAUGCAGUGACGGUCGGAGGAGUGCAGGAGAUGGAAGAGUCGAUGGGCAGCUUGGAACUGCUGGCGGGCAAAGAGGGUGGUGAGGAGGUGGAUGAGGGGAGGACUCCGGGUGGGUUGUUCUUGCUGACUCCAACUCCUGCCAAGUCGCAGGGCCGGGAUGACGAUUCCCUCACUGCUCUGAGAGAGGCGCUAGCAAAGAGAGCUGGCGGAAGCGGAGUCCUCAGCAGUGGAGGGUCAUCCGAUUUCGGUCUUAUCGAUGAUGAGGAGGGAUUUGAAGAUGCUGCUAUGUUGAUCGAAGGCUUCGGAUCUGGGAGGGAAGUCGAAGGUGCUGGUAGCGGGAAAGGCGGGCUGAUCCGUGCUAGUGGGGGUGAAGGUGAUGGGAAGAAGAGGGUCCCGAUGCCGACCCGGGCCAUGCAGAAAGGAGCAAAUAGCGCUACCAAGAGGAACCUAAGCUAUGUCUUGGACGAGAUACCAGCUAUCACUCCGCGCCAAGUCAUUCGUUCUCUACAAGAUACACCGAACGACCCUGCACCGCUCUUCUCUAGAUACAUGGAGAGUGGCGACUCUAGGCGCAGCGAAAGCGCUAGCGGGACUUCUCAAACCACUUCUGCAUAUGCGACUCCUCCGUCUUGCGAUGUUCGAGGGGCAGAGGGAGGAGCACAAGGAGGGAGCGGAGCACAAGGGGAAAGACCUGAAAUAGACGAUCAAGGGAAGUGGCAAACGGCCACGCAGGAAGAUGGGAGAACGGGGAUAGGAGAAGAGAUUACGUUUUUCACGUCCAACGUAUCCUCUUAUCCAAGUUCUGUUUCGUCCACGACUCGAACUUUCUGUGAUGCAGCAGGAGUAGGAGAGGGAUCUACCGAUCAAGGGAAGUGGCAGACGAGGGUGGGAGCACAGGAGAGCGUGAAGAGUAGAGGGAUAGGAAUAGGAAGGGGUGUGCUUCUGUCAGCUGAAGUGGGGAAUUCGAUGGGGCCGAUUAAUGACAGUGGGUCGUUGCUCUGUUCGACAGCUUUCGGUGAAAUCUAUUUCCCCAUUACGGAGAAAAUUGUCAGCGUCGGUUCUCCUCCUGAGUUCGGCCUUGACCUCGUCGCUGGCGCUCCUGCGCCCACCCGAAGCAGCAGCAGGAGUAGCAUCAGCUCUUCUAGCCGUGGCAGUAGGAAGAGAAUGCCAGGGUCGAUGGGGGCGGAGUCUUCGUAUCGAGAGGGAAGAGGUGUUGAUGAUUUGUCCGCACCGGCGUGCGAACAAGGUAGCAGUGGCGUAUUACUCCGCGACACGGAGUCGAGGCCAGAGCAGCCCCCGUCGAGCCCGCCUCCACCGCAGCCCCCUUCUGUACCCCUGGAGCCUCAGCCUCUAAGCCCGCAAUACAUUGAAGGUGCUCCGACUGAAUUUCUUGGUCAUGAUAAGUCAGGCGAACGAAGUCCCUUGAAGCUGACUUGUACGAGGCUUCUCCUUAGUGCGGGGGAAGGAAGCCGAGCAGAAGGCAUCGUCGCUGGAGGAUACGUCAUGGAGGGGAGCAGAGACGAGUCCCCUGCACCUAGUCAUUGCUUGUCUUUGAGCUCUCUUAGAGACUCGUUCAGAGCGGGAGAGAAUAGAGAGGGAAGAUACGAUGAUGAGGAGGAAGGCGAGGAAGUAGAAGAUGUGCAAAAACGUCCUUGGAACAUUCACGACAACCCGAUCGCUUCAGACGAAUCUCUCCAUAUGGAGGCCUCUGAAUUGCUCGAUCGUGAACAGUGGGUGGCAGGGGCAAAGAUUAUCGGGGAGUCGAGCAGGUGGAUGGACGAGCUGCAGACAAGGGACGGGAAUCGGUUAAGUAGUUGGAGCGGCAAUGCAAGCGUGGAGGACGAAGAGGCGGGAAACAGAGUACUCGCUUGCUCGAUUAGUGGAGAUGAUGUUGCAAGGUYCGUGGAUUCUUCAGGUGUUCUGCUUUCGCAUAACAAGCGUCACGAAAAUCUCUGUCUCGGAAUGGAUGCCGUUGAGUCCGGCAAGCGUGGGGACUCUAGAGGUGAUAGUGAUGGUAAGGGUCAGGACUCUGUUGUUGAUGAGGCUGGGAACCAUCCACGCGUUGUGGUUUCGCGUCCUAGUCACGACAGCCAGGCCCUUGUCUCAGAUGCUCGCUGGCAGUUGCAAGCUGGGGGACCUGAGGGUGAGCUAAAGAAAAGAGAGAACGCUGACACGAAUAGGAGUCUUUGUAUUGGGUAYGAGGAGGAUCGAGUUGCAGAGGGACGUGAGAGAUGGGGAGAAAUAGGAGGAGGAGAAGUGCGAAGAGGUGAGGUAUUCCCGUCUCUGGUCGGGGCAGACGAGACCAGUGCGCUCAGCCUGCUGGAAAGGAACAGGCAUUGGCAGAUGGCUAAACCGGAGGGUGAUUUAGAGCGACCCUUUCAGACAGGCAGAUCAUCUGAUCUUUCAGGAGCAGAAUGCUCUGAGUCUGCGACGAGCAGAGAGAGGAGCUAUGACAAGCAGAGGAGGGCGGUACGGGAACGCAGUGGUGAACGUCCGAAUGGCGGUGCUCACAGCGGCAGCAGGCAAGGGGUGAUGGGCGUUGAGGAUGGUGGGGCGUUCAGCCCUGGGUUUCUACCGUUGUCUUGGGACCCGAAUGUUGACCUUACGGAGAGAGAGAGCAGAGAAGGACCAGCACCAGCACCAGCACCAGCAGCAGGAGGAAGAGGAGGAGGAGAAGGGGGGGGGCUCGCUGUGGACACUGUGGUGAGAAGGAAAAUAGACUCGGAAGAAGCAGAUUGCCGGCCAUCGUCGUCUUUGACUGUGAGAUCGUCGAGUGGGAGCCACGAAGAGCAACUCAGCAGCAGCAAAGGCAGGCGGAGGACGAGCAAAGCCGGGCGGCGGAGCACAUCAAGACGUAUGCCGAAAGAGGGUGCGGACGAGGUGGAAGACGAAGGAUGCAUUGCGGAAACGGAGCCAGUGGUGGCGAGGAAGAUAUGGGAAGGUCGUAGUUUGGAGUGCAAUGAUUUUUCUCAUUCGGAUAUUUUGGGGGAAGGUCGUAGUUUGGAGUGCAAUGAUUUUUCUCAUUCGGAUAUUUUGGGGGAAGGUUGUAGUUUGGAGUGCAAUGAUUUUUCUCAUUCGGAUAUUUUGGGGUUUGCAGCUGAACAGGAACCGGACAAUGGUCAGACACAGAAAUUUCCGCAAGGUCUUGGUGCAGAUGAUACUCGGACUAACUGGAGGAGUAACGAAGACCACACUGGGGACAAUGACCCUCGACCUGGCAUCGACAGUACUCUUGUCCAACAGGCUGGCGGUGUUGAUGAUGAUGAUGGCGAGGAUGACUUAGAGGACGGAGAAGAGGAUGAAUUGGGUGACGAUAAGAGCGCAAUGUUCCUUUUACCGAAGUGGAACGCAGGUAAAUGGGCAGUCGCCCUCGACAAAGGUCUCUCUGCUGUCCAAAGAGUUCUGGGCGGUUGUCUGGUGUUCGUUCUUGGUUUGCCGGUGGCUGUCAUUGUCAGCAGGGUGGUCAAUCCGGAUCCGGAGCUGCACGUUCUGGUACCCACGUGAAACAUGCUCCUGGGAGAGGAUGGCUGGUGCUCGUGCCGAUUGUUGGCCCCAGAUGACGGCGGCUGGCAUUAAGCAAUGCAGCAAAGGGGGGGAAGGUCUUUUGCUGAAUAAUGCACUGGGCUGUGAAGCUUUGGAAUCCAUUUCCGGAAGUCCUUGCCGAAUCUAGGUCUGGCUUUAGUGAAUUCAUGCCAGAAAGACGAGACAUUGGACUAAUUAUGUCUUGUACUAUCCUGUGGUAACCAUGUCUUGAUGUGUAGGCGCUCAUGCAUAUUAACCUUGCUGCACGGCAUACGAAGCGAACAACGCAUCGAGUGCACCUUGCCACAGCAAGUGGAAUGUUUCAUCCGUUUACUACAAAUUUGUAAUGAAUGCCUUUGGCCACCUUCUGUGAGCAAAUGCACUUGUGUCUUUGGCGUUUUCUGUGCUGUGCGGCGAGACCCUAUGUCUUGCAUAAUAGCAUAUCUGGUCCUGACUCAUGUGUCCAUGUGGUAUGGCAUGGAUAAUACAACACGUGGUUCAAUAAAGAAGGAAAAAAGCGUACUCAUGUGUGUGUUUUCCUGAAUGUAUAGCUGGUAAGGGGUUUCAGGGGUUCAUGCACAUGUUUUGCGUUGUCCCAGUCAUCACUUACAGUCACCUGUAUACCUGUGCCAAGGUGAGUUCUCGGGCGUGAUGGCAGAUGCGGUCUGUGCAACCCAGGAUGGCGAAGAGGAUAAGCGUUAAUCCAACAGUGCGUAUCCCCAGCUAUUAUGUGUCGACAUGGCCAUUAACGUGCCGUAUUCUUUGGGCUGGGCCUACCAAACGGGAAUGACUGGCAGCACCACGCAAAAAGGUUGGAUUUGGUGUCGGCACUGAUUGGACAAAAGUUGGCGGGCGGCAGAAAUGGGCUUCGGAAAAAAGAGGCUGGGACGUAGUGGUGGUUUAAAGAGAUAAAAGUGCAACCCAUUC